AUGCUGCUGGAGGGGCUCACGCUCCUCUUGAACCUGAAUGUAGCAGGAGCCGGGAAGCAAUUAUUAAGCUGUAGACGUUGGCAGGGAGAGAGGCCUCAGAUGGAUUUCGACUCCAAACCUCAUUCGCCCAGGCUGCUCAUUACCGAAGGCCUGGGUCCCAGGCUGAAGGUGGAUCCCAGGGCUGGGAAAAAUCAGUGUGAAUUGCUUUCUCCAGGUUACGUCUGCAGCCAGGGCAAGGCCCGAGGCGGUGUCGUCACUUUGCCUGUGCCACACAUUCCUGCUCCUUUCCCUCACACACCUCCAAGAACCUACAAGGCAGGUUGUACUAAGGAUCGGCCAUGUUUGAAGAGCUGGUGGCUGCCCUCCAAGCACGCCUCUGAUGAAGUUGCAACCUCUGAGGGCAGUUCCCGGUGA